AUGCUAAGCCCGGCCUUCACGAGGACACGGCUCGCCGAGGCUCUGCGGGACUCCGAGGAGGAGCCGGCAGUGCGCGUGGUGGUUCUUGACGCCGGAUCCGGCGUCAGUAAGGCUGGCUUCGGCGGAGAGCAAGCGCCGCGCGCGGUGUUCCCGUCAAUCGUGGGCCGGCCGCGCCAGCCGGGAGUGAUGGGGAGCAGAACGUGCGUCGGGGACGAGGCGCAGUCGAGGCGCGGCAUCCUGACGCUCACGUACCCGAUCGAGCACGGCGUUGUUACAAACUGGGACGACAUGUCGGAGAUCUGGGCCCACACCUUCUACAAUGAGCUCCGCGAGCACCCCGUCCUGCUGACCGAGGCGCCGCUCAACCCCAAGGCCAACCGCGAGAAGAUGGCACGGGUCCUGUUUGAGAUCUUCAACGCGCCCGCCAUACACAUCGCCACCCCGGCCGCGCUCGCGCUGUACGCGACGGGCCGGUAUACGGGCCUCGUGAUGGACUCGGGCGACGGCAUCUCGCACGCCGUGCCCAUCUAUGAUGGCAACGUGCUGGGGCACGCGAUCCUGCGGCUCGACCUCGCCGGCCGAGACCUGACCGACUGGAUGGCCACGCUGCUCGCCGAGGUUGCCGCUCGCCACUCCUUCGCCACCCCUGCCGAGCGCGAGAUCGUGCGCGACAUCAAGGAGAAGCUGGCGUACGUGGCGCUCGACUUUGACGCUGAGAUGCAGAACGCCGCCUCGUCCUCGGCGCUCGAGAAGUCGUACGAGCUGCCCGACAGCCAGAUCAUCACCAUCGGCCACGAGCGCUUCCGCUGCCCCGAGGCGCUCUUCCAGCCCUCCUUCCUGGGGAUGGAGUCGCCGGGUGUGCACGAGAUUGUUCACGACUCGAUCGCCAAGUGCGACGUCGACAUCCGCAAGGACCUCUACGCCAACGUCGUCCUCUCGGGCGGCUCGACCAUGUUUGCCGGCUUCGCCGACCGCAUGUCCAAGGAGAUCGCCGCCCUCGCGCCCGCGUCGAUGACGGUCAAGAUCAUCGCGCCGCCGGAGCGCAAGUACUCGGUCUGGAUCGGCGGCUCGAUCCUCUCGUCGCUUCCCGCCUUCCGGCAGUCGUGGAUCUCGAGGCAGGAGUACGACGAGUCGGGCCCGUCCAUUGUGCACCGCAAGUGCUUCUCUUCCUAA